UUGUGUGAAGGAACUUAUUUGUCCACUAAUUUCUUGGCAUAUAGAGACUGAGGAUUGUGAGAAACCACGUCCAAUUUAGUGAUUUCGUAAGCGGGAUUAAUGCCUAUAUUGGGUAGCUGUGACGCGUUUCGAAGCAACAGUAAUUAUUAUUCCCGGACAGCCAAUUAUAGAACGAAGCAAUUUGAACAAGAAUAGGAUGCCGGCAAAUAGACGUCUGUCAUGAAGAGUCGAAACAUUAAAUAAUUUAGAACGAGUAUUCAAAUCAGAUCCCGGAGGAGGGUAGAUACAAAGCCUUUUUCAAUGGAGAAACGCUCCGGCUCCACAGAAUCAAUGAAUGGUAUUGCGAUGCAUCGACGUAAUACAACUACUACAAUGGAACGAGCAACGCAGACGCUAACGCAAUAUCCUGUGGGCCAAAUACUAUUCCUUGAUGGACAGUUUUACCGAAAGGGACAAGAUGGGGUGGUUCGGAUGUUAAGUCCACAGGCGGCCCGGGAGUACGUGAUGGGCUUGAGGAAUGCACCCGCCUCCCAAGAUUCUAACCAACCAUCAGAAAUCCGUCUUGAGGAUAAUGAUUUACUGUUCCGUAGUAUAUAUCCUAUUGGAAGAGUCACAGCCGAGAUUAUUUAUGAAACACGUCCGGCCAACCCCGAUCAUCCAGUGCCGAUCACUCCUAUAACUGGUGAUUUAUUGUUACGCAGUGGAGCGCCUGUUGCAAAAUUCGAGAAUAAUAUGUUUCGGGAGUGGCGUCCACAUCCUCAGGGAUAAGAAGGCAGUUUCUCGUCGAGUAG